ACAGCAAAAUAUCAAGCGUGUUUAAGGCUCCUUGCUGACUGAGUGUCCCUUUGUCCCUCCUCUCUCUGCACAGCCCCAAUGACAGCAGCGGGGACCACCGGACCCAUGCCAUCCUGAUCCCGGCCCCAGCAUGCCGGACACAGAGCCGGACAGGAGCAAGAAAGCCCAGCCAGAUGGUGAAAGGGCAGACCCGGCUGGCAGCCAGCAUGGCACGGCUGGGGUCCUGGAUAAGCUUUUUGGAAAGCGCCUUCUGCAAGCUGGCCGAUAUAUUACUUCCCACAAGUCCUGGAUGAGGACUGUGCCCACAGAAAAUUGCGAUGUGGUCAUGACCUUCUCGGACACUACUGAUGACCAUACUCUGCUCUGGCUGCUGAAUCAUGUGCGACUGGGGAUUCCUGAACUAAUAAUGCAGAUCCGUCAUCAUCGACAUACCCGAAUCUAUGCCUUUUUUGUCACGGCCACAUACGAGAAUCUGCUUCGCGGUGCGGAGGAGAUUGGGCUUCGGAAACCAGUGAAAGCAGAGUUUGGAGGUGGGACCCGUGUAUUCUCCUGUGAAGAGGAUUACAUAUAUCAGAACAUUGAAAACGAGCUGAAUUUUUUCACAUCUCAGGAACGUCAGAGCAUCAUCAGAUACUGGAUGGAGAACCUUAGAGCUAAGCAAGGAGAAUCUUUACACAAUAUCCACUUCCUGGAGGGACAGCCAAUCAUCCCAGAACUUGCAGCCCGCGGAGUUAUCCAGCAAGUGUUUCCUGUUCAUGAACAGAGAAUACUGAGCCGCCUCAUGAAGUCCUGGGUCCAAGCAGUGUGUGAGAGACAACCCCUAGAUGAGAUCUGUGAGUAUUUUGGGGUGAAGGUUGCCAUGUAUUUCUCCUGGCUCGGCUUUUACACAUCAUCACUAGUAUACCCAGCUGUCUUUGGCAUCAUGCUCUGGUUCUUCACAGAAUCUGACCAGACCAGCCGCGACAUUUGCUGUGUGGUGUUUGCUCUCUUCAAUGUAGUUUGGGCAACUCUGUUUCUAGAAGGGUGGAAACGCAGAGGAGCCGAGCUGGCCUACAAGUGGGGGACAUUAGAUACCCCGGCGGAAUUUAUUGAAGAGCCACGGCCACAGUUCAGGGGUGUCAAGAGGAUUAGCCCAGUUACCAACUGUGAAGAGUUCUACUACCCGCCAUGGAAGCGACUCCUUUUCCAGUCCUGUGUCAGUCUGCCCGUCUGCAUGUCCUGCCUCUGCUUUGUCUUUGUUGUCAUGCUUGCUUGCUUUGAGCUUCAGGAGUUUGUCCUCAGUAUCCGAGAACUCCCACGGCUUGUGCGCUUCUUCCCAAAGAUCCUCUUGGCUGUUAUCGUUAGUUCUUGUGAUGAAGUGUACAGGAAGAUUGCUUACUGGUUAAAUGAUAUGGAGAAUUACCGUUUACAGAGUGCCUACGAGAAACAUCUAAUCAUCAAAAUUGUAUUGUUCCAGUUUGUAAAUUCCUACCUGAGUCUUUUCUACAUUGGUUUCUACCUCAAGGACAUGGAGCGACUCAAGGAGCUCCUGCUCGUUUUCUCUCUACCCCAAAGCUUCACCCGCCAGAUUAGAGGUGCCCUCCUCCCUUUCCUCACCCUCCAGUUUCACCUGUUCCUCAUCGUCCUCAGGACACUUCUCAGAUCAGCCAGACGCUUCUUCAAGUCUAAAAUGCUGGCUACGCUCCUGGUAAUACGUCAGUUUCUGCAAAACAUGAAGGAGGUCUCACAACCAUACCUUUACCAGAAGGUACAGCAAGGGGAAAUAAAUCCGAGGUCAAUUUGGCUGUUUGUUCAGUAUGCACUAAGGAGGCUGGUGCAGAAGUAUGCAUUCCCUCAGCGCCCUACGAGGUCGCCAGGGGAUCCUAUGGAGCCUGGUGCAGGAGGACGUAAGAAAUGCUUGAAUGGCGGUUGUGGUGUACCAGAGGAGGAAGAGGAAGGUAUAGCCUCGGAUGAUGAGGAGCUAGAGGAAGAAAGCAUCAUGGACUGUGGAUUGAAAUUAAAGAGAGUUAGCUUUAUGGAAAAAGGGGAAAAGCGAGUGGAAGAGUGCAUACUUUCCCAAGAUGAAAUGGGCUUUUUACAGGAAGGGAGCCCUACCCUUGUUGAAAGAGGUAGUGACCCGGCCUCAGUGUUCCAACUUGGGGAUGAUGAAGAAGAUGAGAAAGAAAUUGGUGUGGGGCUGCAGGAUGUUGAAGAGCCAGAAGCUGGAGUAAAGCUGAGGCCACAGAGGAGGAGAAGGAAAAGGCUAUCUGUGGAGCAUGAGCUGGGCAGGGAAUUUGAGGAGGAGGAAGAGGAGAGUGAGAGGAAGCAGAAACGAGAGUCAUGGAUAGAUCCUCCAGAAGACCAUUAUUCUGCAAAGCUGACACAAGCUGAGGUGGAAAGUUGUAUGAAGAGUUAUGAGGAUACCUUCCAGGAUUAUCAGGAGAUGUUUGUGCAGUUCGGCUAUGUGGUCCUCUUCUCAUCGGCAUUUCCCCUCGCUGCAGUAUGUGCGCUUGUAAAUAACAUAAUUGAAAUCCGCAGUGACGCCUUCAAGCUGUGCAGUGGACUACAGAGACCAUUUGGUCGUCGUGUGGAUGGUAUAGGACAGUGGCAAAAUGUGAUGGAGGCAAUGGGCGUCAUAGCCAUUAUCGUGAACUGUUAUCUGAUUGGACAAUGUGGGCAGCUUCAGAGACUGAUACCUUGGCUGGGUCCUGAAUCAGCCAUCAUAUUCAUUGUUGUCCUAGAGCACUUUGCUCUGCUCCUGAAGUAUAUUAUACAUGUGGUGAUUCCAGAUAUCCCUGGAUGGGUGGCUGAGGAGAUGGCAAAGCUUGAAUACCAGCGACGAGAAGCGUUCAAGAAACACGAGCGCCAGGCCCAGCACCGCUACCAGCAGCAACAGCGCAGGAAGCGGGAGGAGGAAGAGAGACAGCGUCAUGCAGACUAUCAUGCACGAAAAGAGCGAGAGUCUAGGGGGGGAGAAGAUGGAAGAUCUGGACAGGAUUCUCAAACACAUGAAAAGAACUCCAGUAAAACUAAGCCAUGUGGUCCCCAAGGGGGAAGCACUCAUGAUAAACCGAAGAGACCUAGCUCCUUGCUGGCUAGCAAUAAUGUGCUCAAACUCAAACAAAUUAUACCCCUACAGAGCAAGUUCUUGUCAGGGGCCAAUGCCAAAUCACCACAGUCUCCUCCAGGGGGAGAUACCAAAAUUCAAAGCUUCCUGAGCUUCAAGUUCUUGAAAUCCCCUGAAACACGCAGAGAGGCACCACCAGAGCGAUCCCAUUCUCCAACCAAGCCUUUCCAUCCUGGGAAGCUGUUUAACUUUGGCAAGGGAGAAGGGCAAAUGGGGGGCAAUGGGUUGGGGGCACCAAUUUCCUUGCAACCCCGAGGUGCAACAGCUGUGACAGCCUCAUCAGAUGGGGCAGUUCCUGGAAAAUCUCAGCUUAAUGGCGUUUCAGAAGACAUGCCUUUGGACGAUGUAGAUGACCAGGGGAAGGCACAUAAACAGUGAACCCCCUUGACCUUAAAAUUGCCUCCAUCCUUCUCAUAGAAUAAAGGCAUGGGAGCACUACAAGAGGUGGAUUACUAUCGGGGAAAUGGGUUCCCUUCCAAGAAUCCUUUUAGCGCAUAGUAAUGAGGAUUCAACUGGUCUGGAGAUACCACACUGCAACAUGAGCUACACUGGUGCAAUAUGCUAUAUACAGCUGUACCACUUUGCAACAAGAAGGUACUAUGCUGUAUCUUAAUGAUGAUUAUUGCUAUACACUUCCAGCCUUACUGGAUAUUGACGUUGUGUGCUAUAUAACGAUGCUGAGUAUCUCUAUACACCUCAAGCUUUUGGAUUGAUGAAAAUCAUUAUUCCAACUCACUGUGGUGUACUAUGGUAUUAAGGAUGAUGAUGAUGAGUAUUAUGCAUGCAUUGACUCUUCUCAUCAUAACGAUACUAUGGUAUACCCAAUAACUUACUAAAUCCAAUACAUAUCUGAGCCCCUAUAUUGCUGAGGUGUAUAGCAAUCACGAGUAUAAAGAAAACUUCCAUGUCUCGUUCCUCCUGUCCAGAUACAAAUGGCAAACAGGGACAUUAAAGCUCUUGCUAGAUAGAAAUGGUUAAGGGUUGGAGAAGGCAUUAUGGGUAUUGCACUUGGCAACCUAUCCUGCAUUGACUUUUUGCAGGUAAUCUGGUUGUGGAGAGGGUAACUUUGUCACUACAAUAGUUCACCAUUGCCAAAUCCCUGGUAAUAACCACCUUCUUCAACUCUUUAACCCCUUUGCUGGCAAAGGGGAGAUAAUACUGGUAUUUUCCACAAUACAGUAGUGACCCCCCCCCCCCCCCCCCCCCUCCCUCCUUCAGUUAGGAACACCCUGGGUGUAUUUAUGAUGGUCUCAGUCAUGUGAUGCUGAUCCCAGUGUUGAGGGAUAAGCAGUACUAGUCAGUGAAUGAAAGGGUACCAUAGCUGAGUGCCUCUGUGUAUUCCCUAUUUUAUGUGAUGGAUUCAACUCUUGCAGAACUGUCUUGGAGAAUUAAAAAAAAAAACAGGAUGCAGUUUCACUGUGCAUACGUGACUUUCUGUUAUGUAUUAAAACAAUGUACUCGGUCUUACCUCAUAACAAUAUGCCCCAUAAUGUAUGUUAAACAAUUUGACACUUUGUAGUAGAUAGUUUUCCAUCAGUGGGAUAGUAAUAGGCAUUGUAAGACAGAUCUGCAAAUUAAUCUAGAAGCCAGUCUAAGGCAGAAUCCAGUAAGCCGUGUGGAAAAGCUUCAGGUUUCAUGGCCGGAGCUAUUAAAUAAAAGAGCAUUUUUCCUGCGUAGUUUACACUGGGUUGACGUGCACUAACCCAUUGAUUCCUUAUAAAUGCGGAAUCAAUGGGUUUUCCUGUUUGUUAAUCCAAGAGGGUAUUUUUUGUCACUGACUUUUCAUUGUAGCGCCUAUAUCUGUGAGGACAAAUGCACCUCUGUGGUUUAAUGCACAGGGUAAUCCCCGGUGAUUGAAUUGGUCAGCGCAGGUAAUAAGCCCUAUUGCUAAUUGUAUUCCCUUUCUAAGAAAUCUCUUUACCACAUAGUACUGGCAUGGCAUAAAUAUCCAUUGUUGUAUGUAGGCACACAAUGUUUAUGCACACCACAGGUAGCAAAUUUAUUAUGUGUUUGGUUAGCUUUUCACUAAAAUAUGUUUGAUGUAACCAUUAGUAGAGACACCAGUAUCGUGCAAGACACAUAGUAUGUGCAAAUUCACACAGGUGGUGGUCUUGUUUCAAUGCAAAUAACUGCCCCUACUCCAAAUUGCCUUUAUGUGCGGGGUGUAUAUGAAGUUACUCUCGUUUCCUUUUGCACUAUAAUUUAAUACAAAAUUGCCAUGGUGAUGGUCUUUGUCUUCUGCUCACGUUUCCCCUUGCUGAAGAAGUCUUCCCAUUUGAGAUAUCAUGUAGCAUCACCUUAUUCACUAUUGAUUAUUAAACGUCUACAGAUUGAUCUGAACUUUUAGACAAGGUAAGUGGCUUCAGAACACCAGCAUUUUGUAGUUACAGUUAUAUUCAUUUCUUAAUUUCCCUUCCCAUAAAUACAUCUCCAAGUUCCUGUAAAGCCAUUAUGUGAAAGAAACUUGGACUUUAUGUAUAUUAUUAUAAUGGUAAGGGUAAUACAAAGAUUAAAUACUUAAUUUCGUUAGCUACAAAAGUCAUGCAUCUUGAAGACCUACUGUAAAUUAUACAUACCUUUCAUACAGUAUUAAGGUCUUCUGUAGCAGACUAGGCACAGUUAUAGAGAACCAUUAUUUCCUCACUGCUCUCCUACAGACAGAGCCGGAGAUUCAGCCUGAGCAUUAUAUGACAGGAUAUGUGGUUACAUACGGGUGGGUAGAUAGUCUUCCGGAACUCAGACCACAUAGAAGAGCAAUAACGACACAUUAUGCCCUAUGCCUUCUUGCAUAACCUCUGCAUGGCUGGCUGUUUUAGGGUCUGAAGCACCUACAGUAUAUCGGUUGAUGGUAUUAUCAUGUGUGCCGGAACAUUACUUCCUUAAUGAAUCAGAUACACUUAUUUUGAAAUUCUUACUUGUUUUUGUAAAGCUAAUUACACACUAUACAAUUAUUGGGCCAAUUUGGCAAUAAUUGGGACAGCGGCCUGGUUUAUUGUAUAGUGUGUACGAACGAUCGUGUCGGCAUUUCGACGAUAAUUCGGGAGAAUCUUACACACACACACACUCGAACGAUCGAUUUCCGAUCAUUCGGCCCAGACCAAAAAUAUCUGCCACAAUCUCCAGAUAUUGAGCAGUGUGUGUGUGCAUUCUCAAUAAUCUGCCCAUAUUUCCUAUGUUCUCCUCUCACUACAUCAUCCUCCUUGUGGGUGGAUAUAUGCAAAUGCAGUGUGACGUGGCAAAAAAUUGGUAACUGAAUUUUUUUUUUUUUUUAAGUGUGUAGUUCAGAUAUUUUGGCCUACAAUUUCCUGAAAAAUCGUCUGAUUGUCGGGCAGACCAAAAAAAAAUCUGCCAGUGCUAGCUUUAUGUUUGUCUAUAGCUUACCUGUUUAUUUUGAGCUAUCCCUGCCAAUGCUAUGGAAAGCUACUCAGUAAGACCAGCUGAGCCUGGGCAGUCUGAGAUUUAUUAGGAAUCUUUUUUACAAUGAGAAUGCAGAUUAUUUUUAGAUCUUUAGUGUUUGUAGUUUGAAAGCAGCUGUAAAUUUUAAAUUUGCUUUUGGAUGGAGAGGGAGAACCAUGCAAGUAUCUGAAGCCCAUCCGUCUAUUGCAGCAUUGCAUGAUCCUUAAGGAAUCGGGCCACUCACAAAAUUAGAAAUAUAAUUCAUAUUGGGUAAUCCAUUAUAUUUCUAAUACAGACCUGGUCAGCAAUCUUCUAAUUUAAGACCGAUCCAGGGGCUAAUGUAUAAAGUGGUAACAACCCCUUCUUGUGGUGCUUUCUCAAAAAAGGGGAUAUUACGGUUUCUCCAAAUUGUAUUAAAAGGCAGCCCGCUGCAAAAUCACAGUGGCGCCUACAGCACGUGAUGGGAACUUAAGCGAUAAAAGUCUGAGCUCUUUGAACUUUAAAAGAUCCUCUGGUGGUAUUAAUUAUUUCACUUGUGAAUAUGGGGUCUAAUUAUGAAGCAGUGAAAAGAGUGGAGAAGUGACCCAGUGGAGAAAUUGCACAUGGCAACCAAUCAGCUGCUCUGUACAAUUUUAUAAUAUGCAAAUUAUAAAUGUUACUUCAGUGCUGAUUUGUUGCCAUGGGCAACUUCUCCACUGGCUCACUUUGUCACUCUAAACUAUUUAGUGCAUCCUCCUUGUAAGUAAAAAGACUGCAGUAAUCGAACAUCUUACAGCAUACUGGAGUUCAUACUCAUCCUUGUUUAUACUAGUGGUACGGUGCCACAAAAUACAAAUCAACAGAACAGAGAACACACAAGAUUGACAAAAGAGGUGCAGGGUAGAGCAGACCCUGCUGUUGAGCCUAGAGCCUACAGUGUAUUUUAUCCAUACAACAACAUGUAAAUGGCACAAAGAAAUGUGUUUAUUUUGUGUAAGACUGCAUGCAGAGCCGGAUUAUUAACAGGAUGGCUGGGGUGGUCACCCCGGGGGCCCACACACUGGAAGACCCUCCACAUAUAACUACAUCACCAGUGUGAGGGCUUUAUGUGGCAUACUGUGAACUGGGGCACUACAGUGCGUUUAACACAUUGUGGUGCUGGGAGUAUUUGCACAAAUUUUAUUGAAAGGGGCUCCACAAUUGGAUUGCCAGAUCAUCCCUUUAAUAAGGAACACAUGGAUUACAAAAUAUGUGGGCAAAUGUAACACUCAGCCAGUCAUACUUACAAUAUGAAGGUUUAGCAGCAAGCUGUGUUGUGUUUACAGUUACAUAGUAGCAUACCCUCCAACAUGUCCCUUCCACCAGGUACAAAACACCCUGCAGUCACCCAUGCUGAACUAGUUGCAGUCAUAAAUUAAGUGAGAAGUCCAAAAGCAGAGCACUUUGUACCUGGUGAAAGGUGCCAUGUUGGGGGGGUCUCUAGUAGAUACAUAGGGCGGGAUGUUAACAUACAUCGCCGCCCCAUGCUGGUUACCGCAGCGAUGUUGAUCGCAUAUGUACUAACAUAUGCGAUCAACAUCGCGAUGCGGUGACGGAGGCCCCCCGCGAUACCUGUUAGGUGGUCUGCGGGGGGUCUCCGUCACAUCCCAGGGGUCCCCACAUUGGCUAGACGCCAGGAAGCAGCAGCAGGCUGCCCCCGGCGCCUCCUCCUUCCCCCUGCAGCCGGAAGGACGUCCGGCUGCGUUGCUAGGGGGAGGAGGAGAUUACCUUCCGGGUCCAGGGCAGCCUGGAGGAAGGUAAGCCGUGGUGGAGGGGGGGCGGUGUCGGGUUGAGGCCGUCGGCGAAAAGAAGCCCAUAGGCUUCUAUAGGGUAUCGCCAUCCAGAGAUGGCGAUACCCUCGACGCCGAAAACGCGGCGGUAGGGUGUUAGUAAAUAUGAAAAUGCAGUAAAACCCCCGUUUUCGGGGGUUUUACAGCAUUUUUGCUUUAGUACAUCCCGUUUAUAGUAUCUAUAUGAAUAUUAACAUGUAUUUUUUACUUUUUUUAAUUAAUCAAAACUUGGUCCUCCAGCUUGGCACACAUGGUCACUGCAUUUGUGAAGAACAUUUGGUUAGGUUCACAAAAAACUAGAUGAACAUGUAAGUUUUACAAUGGAAGGCACACUUCAGCACUAUACUUCCUAGCCACGUGGAUACAUUCUAAUUCAAUCUCCAAGUAGUCCCACUAUGGAAACAGGUGGGAUAAUUAUUCCCUAGAGACUGUGGGAGAAGUACUAAGCAGUGAUACGCGUGGAAACGUUUCCCAUGGCAACCAAUCAGCUGCUCUGUAUAAUUUUAUAUUACGCAAAUUAUAAAUGUUACUUCAAUGCUGAUUGGUUGCCAUGGGUAACUUCUUCACUUGCUUACUUCUCCACUCUUUUCACAGCUCAGUACAUCUCCCCCAAAGAGAGAAAUUCAGUUAGCUGCGGAAAGUAACCACAGGCUAAUUGAAGCAGCGGGGAUAUUCCGUUAGCGUCGGUGGUAGCCCACAGGCUGCAGUUAACGAGGCUCAAAAAAGAAAUCUGCAUUAAAUAGCCGGUUUCCGGUGACAACCGUGUUAACCCAUAGGUCAUGGAAUUUAUCCUGAAUUCUAUUGGUUAUAACACAGUAAGUUUAGCAGGUGAGAAAUGGGGCUCUAAUUGAAUAGCACAGGGCAUGAUAAUCAUCUGCGGUAAAUUACCACUUCUAAUUGAAUUCCCCCUGAUGCUAUUUCAGGUUAACAUAUAAUCUUGUGAUUAAAAGGCACAUUUAAAAAUGACAACAAGAGUUUGUCCUCUUUUGAGAGGUGGGGAGUAUAAUACAAUAUAAAAAUUAUAAACAUUACACAUCUACACACAUUUAAAUGUAUCCCAAAUUUGAAAUCUAAAAAUGAAGUUAACAAAAAAAAAGUUAUUGUUGGUUAAACAAAGCAAACAUUUUAAAAAUGAUCUUUGCUGGCGUGAGUAAGCACAUGUAGAGCAAACUGCAAAAUAAUAUUGGAUUUUUUUCUAUAGAGAAAAGACUUUACAUGUCAAGCUAUCACUAUCUCCAAAUUAAAGUUGUCGAUAUUUCCAAAUGUUAUUUAGAGCAAACUAUUUGGGCAACGUGUCCAUCAAUAAAAUGACUUACUGUCUGUAAUAUGCAUGGUAUGUACCAUGUGACAAGGGUUGCCUAGUAAUUGAAGAAAGUUUGAAUAUAUAAAAUUAGUACAUUGAAAACCUCAUUAUUUUUUAACACUGUUGCAGUGAGGGCGAGUUGGCAAAACAGUCCUGCCAUUAGGGUAGCACACAGUAUCAUGUUACCCUUUGUAUAGUAAUAGCAUAUAUUGUAGCACUGUAAAGCAACAAGACAAAUUAAACACACACACACACAAUAUAAUAAUAAUAAUAAUUAUUAUUAUUAUUAUAAACUAUUUAUUAACAUAUAAUUAAAUGGGCAAAGGGCCCUGCUCACCAACCCUAGCAAUCUGUGAAUGACCUUGGUAUGUAAGUGCCCACAUGCAGCCAUGGGUUGUAAAUGGUGGAAGGCAAUGUGAUGUCAUUUGAUAGAUGAUGAUCCUAAUGUCCAGGUUUCUUCUGUAGUUAACGUUGUCAUUUCACUGACUAAGGGCCUAAUUCAGGUUGGAUCGCAAUAAGUGAUCCAACCGCAAUUUCUGAGAAAAAGCAGCACCCGUCCUGCACAUGCACCCGCAUUUUCUGUGGGGGAGCAGAAAAUGUGGGGUGGGGGCGGGCAACGCUCCGUUUCCAGGGAGGAGACUGAGCUUUGCGGGGGCGGAGGUGGCCGAAUGGGGGCGUGUCAGAGGCGUAAUCACGGCGGCUGCGUGAUAUCACGCAGCCGCUGCGAUCAAGAAGAUGGUGGCGAGUCUCCUGCGGCUGCAUCUAAGCUGCGCUGGCAGGAGUCUUCCCCAGUUUCUGCUUGUGAAUGCUUUGCAAUUUCUGCUUGUUGAAGUGGGGAAGGCUCCGGUAAGCAUGCUGGGCGGUCUUGCCCAGCGAUGGGCGGCCACCAGUAUGCGAUCUAAAGGAUAGCAAAUUCUGCUAAUUAUCAGAAUUUGCUAUACUUAAUUAGGCCCUAAGUCUUUCUAAACAAAGCGAUAUCUUUAUGCAGGUGCAUAUAUUGUCUGAGAGCAAAGCUAAAAUAGCAAGUAACAUUUUAUCUGGAACAAACCAUGCCGCAAUGCAAGGGUAACAAAUUCAUUUAUGUUUUGCCAUGCGAGUAAAUACUGGUUGCUUUUGCAUGUAGCCCACAAAAUCUGGACAACUUUAAUUUUUACACUGCAAUUUAGAUUUCAGUUUGAACACACCCCUCUCACACGUUACAUCUGCCCCACCUGCAGUGCAAUAUGGUUUUGCCAGGUGCACAGUUACUUGCUCUUAAUUACUUUGCUAGCAUUUAAAUCAGCGCCAUAGUGAUUAGCAGUAGGUGAACACCACUGGUAACUCAGCAUAUUCUGCUCACUCAUAACGCAGGCAUAAUCCCUGAUUGCUGUUAUUUCAGGGAGUCUCCCUGACAAUUCUAGAAAUCUUCCUGAUUGCACCUUACCCCCAUUAUGUAGCUGUUCUAGUCUUUGUGGGAGGGUGAGAAUCCGAUAUACAAUACACAUUCUAAUGGGAUCAUCAGUGCCAUUUCCCUGCAUUGGUGGUAAGGCACAGGAAUCCCUAUGGCUGCAUGUUUUAUUAAAGAAGGCUUCAAGUGGCCACUUACUGUAUAUGGAACCUGGUCACUUCCUGUAUAUGGAACCUGGUCACUUCCUGUAUUUGGAACCACUUGUAAAACAAUACACUAGUGAGCCCUGAAGAGUAUCGGUGUCUUUUCAUCAACAAGAAGAUGUAAGUGCUUAGGGUCUCAUUUACAUGUGGAUGUACUGUAAAUCCGUUUUAUGACACCCCUCUCAGAUGUAGCAGUACACGUCUGCGCUGAUAGGUGUUACUGUCACAAUCUCCCUGAAAUACUUUUUUUUAUAAGUAGGUAAGUAUGGCCAAUUCUUGCAAGUGUCUUCUGCUACUGCACAGUAUCCAGGGAAUUAUUGUUGGUCUAUCUUGUUAAUGUCCGUUACAUUUUAUAAUGAGAUGAGUUAUAAUCCCUUCAAUAGACUAUACAUACAGUAUAUACCUUUUUAACAUAUAACUGGCAUAAAAUAUAAGACAUUAUGCAAUGCUGUUUAUUGGGUUACACAAAUCAAGCUAUAUAAAACCACAAAUAGUGAACAUUCUAAGGGUUAAUAACAUUUAGCCAUUGUGCAGGUGUCUGCUGACCUGGCAAUGAGAAGCUGCUUAAUUGGCCCCCUACCAGCUGUAUCACAGCACCUCUGCUGGCAGACCUGCCACAGAGAAUCCCAGCAGUUGGUGGAAGUAUGAGUGAUUCACAGAUGAGCUUGCCUUAAGCGUUGGUAGUUUUCAAAGUGAUACAAAAAGCCUGAAAGAGUUAUACUGAGAAUAUUCAACACUUUAACAGCAAUAUCAUUUUUUCAGAUAAGAAGGGUGUGAGCGAAUCAUUUUAUAGUUUCUUUGUCUCUAAGGCAUUAACCAUCGUAUUCUGCAUUUUAUGUGUAUAGCAAAGCAUGAUGUAUUUUGAAGAAGACUUGGCUUAUACCCUCUCUGACAUCAGACCUGUGAAAUUGGCGGGUCUAGCAUGCCGGCAAAUUCCCAGGUCUGAGCUUACCCUGGUAAGGAGAAGGGUCAUGGACCCAGGACUUAGUCCCAGGUCGUUUGCAUUCAGACAUACCAAAAUGCCGCGUUGAUGCACGUUCACAUGCAUAAACCUGGGAUUAUGAUGCAUGUCUGAAAGGGGACAGCACAUGUAUGAAGAAGCAGUAAGGAUUACUUACAAAGCUGCAGACAUUCUACCCCGUAGUGUGCAUCACUGCUUUGGUAACUCGAUGGGGCUCGCUUACAGUGGAUGUUUGUCUGGUUUUGUGUACAAUGCUUUCUUCCCUGCACCAAAACUCCAUUUGUAUAUGCAAUUUUAUGUAUGGCUAAUAUGUAUUACAGUAUACCUAGAGAGGUGAUACAAAGUGGGCUGUAGGAAGAGUACAGCAAGAGCAUGGUUAUAUAACCAUGACAAUUAGAUGUGGACAAAUAAGCAGAUAGGAGAUGAGGGAUGAUACAUAAUGAGAUGCCUAGCAGCUAUUAUUUACUGCUCACAUCUGUGCGGCAUUAAGACUAUUGCUGUGAAUAAGAACACACACUUGUCUGGCACAAAUGCUACAGUUUUUGACAUGGAUGUGUCUUGAUCUGUCUAUUUCAUACGUUCUCAGCAUAUCUGUGUCCACCCCUAGACGAGCCCUCAUUUAUACAGGCAAGCACAGGAUUAUUGGGGCCCAUACAUCAUGAAUCUAUUGGCCUAUUUCUCAGUCCUGCUGAUGAUUGUUUCUGACGAUCGGCAAAAUCCAACAGUUUGGAAAUUAUCUGGAAUUUAAAACAGAUUUUGCCAAUCGGAGAAACAGACUGGGGAUGGGGGAAUCGCACAAUUGAUGUAUGGGCCACAUUAGCCCAUCAUUAUAGACUAUAGUGCAAAUUUAACAUCUUCUGAUGGUAAAAACUGGGCAGAUUAGGGAGAUUUUAUAUUAUUGCACAUACAUUGAGGAUUCCUGGUUUAGACCACAAAGCCUCCUCCUAUCCCUUUGUUAAACUACUUGUAUCAACAUGUCUUUGAAUUUGGCAGUAAUAGGGCUUUAGUUUCUGCGGGUUGCUAUUAGCACUACCCAUUAGCAUUUUUCUGCUCAAUUCUACCAGUGUAAACAAAACAAAUUGACUUUAAAGGGGUCUACACACAGUGCAAUAUUUCAACUGAUAUGGAGUCCAUUAUGGUAGAAAACACAGUGCAUAUCGCACUGUGUGUAAACCCCUUGCGAUGCCGAUGCGCAGUCCAGCAGGAUCGGCAUCGCAAGGAAAUAUAGUGGGUGCCUGCAGGCCGAUACUGAAUUUAUCGGAGAUUCACGCCUACAGUGUCAAUAUAGGGUGGCAGUGCUGCAGCAGGAGACCCUGGAGAAGACUGUGGAAGGAUCUCUGAUCACAGUGUGGGUGGCCGUUUACAGCCGUCCGCAGCUGCCAUGAGCUCCUGAAGCUCAGGCUGCAGGAAGAUAAUCGAGGGCAAUCCGGGUGGGUUGAGCCAGACGGCUGCUGGAAGAUUAGCUUCUAGCAACUGCUCACAGGCUCCUCUGACACUGUUGCAUCAGAUGCAGCCGCAUACCCUCCAACUGUACCUUUUUGGCCGAUACAGGCCAAAAGGGGCUUUGUACCUACUUCAGCGUCUCCCGUGUCCAUUAGAUUUCUAUGUCGGUGUCACAUGGCCAUGCCCCCUUUCUGAAUUUGAACCGAUUUUCUCAUUUUAAGGAUGUUGGAGGGUGUGCAGCUGUGUCAGGGAAAGCCCAUCCUGAUGUGGUCACAUCUGAUGCGACCACGUCAGGCAGUUGUUUAAGGGAGCUUUUACAUCCUGCAGCCCCUGUGUUAAGAGGCAUUCCUAUGAAACAGAGUGCAGCUGAAACAGAAAUUAAAGAGACUACUGAUCCAUAUGACGAUCAUAAGGGCAUUUACCAGGCCCGUGGGGAGAUGCAGGGUGAAUGCAUGAUAAACAUAGAACGUUUAUGCGUAUCAGCCUGCCUUGUCUCAAGUCUUGAAGUCAUCAUACAGAAUAAUAAUCCGCUUUUAAUCUGCAUUCCUGAGCACACAGCCAAAAGCCUGUGUUCCUAAAUUCUAAUGAAUCAAAAUACAAGUUUGGACAAGAUGAUCAUCUCAUUGGGGUGGGGUGAUAUUUUAGUUAAAUUUAUAUCUGUGGAACAUAAAUAUAACUUAAGAGUAGUUGAAAUGGAAUGUUGUUAAGGGAUAACAGCACUUCACACACCAGGGAUGGAAAAACUUUUCUGUCAUUCAAGCCCGAUAAUAUAUUUAAAGGCCCCUAAAGGUAGCGUUCAAGUUGAUUUAUGUAAAAUCUAUUCAUAGUUUGUUCAUGGGUAAUAGCUUUUGCCUAGGAUUCCCUAUCAGCGACCCUGUUGGAAGAUUAUGCAAAGACGUUUUCUGAAGCUGAAGUGGACAAUUGCUUACAGUGAAGGACAUAGCAAAGCUGCACACAAUGUCAAACAAAUUGCUACUGCAAUGGAUAUUGUAAUUCAUGUAUUUUAUUGGAGCUAUGGUACAAUAACAAACAUUGAUUAAACUUUAAGACCCGGUAAUUGGGUUCAAUCAUAAAAAAACACAAAAAAAACCUUAUAUGUUCAUAGAAAUAAAAUUGUUGCUGUAUGUAUAAUACAUGAUGAUGAUUAUGACAUGAUGUCAUCAGACUUCAGAGAGCUAAUUCUUGAAGAGCUGGUGACUUUGGGAUAGCCCUGAUUAAACUCACAUGUUUCUUUGACUGGUAACCCACUGCUUAAGUAGGGAUGUAGGGAGUUGCCCUCUGUCUGACCCUUGCAGUCAGUCUACAGAUAAGCAGUACUUUGUAGUGGAUUGUUUUAAUGAAUGAAGUAUCCUUUUGCCAGGCUAAUUAAAACUGGUCCUAGUUAAUUUAGUUGUGGCCUUCAGUAUUUAGAAAUGUGUGUCAACUUCUACAACCGGAUAUGGCCUAUAUGGAUGUUUAUAGGCUUAUCUUACGUUUUUCAGUAACAGCCAUGGAGUGUAUAUAUUGAUGGGACACCAGUUUUAAGUAUGGUUAAGAUUAGUUUUGUAACAGCGAUAUUGUCACUCCAUUGUCUAUUUAUUAUCCUAUAGGUACCUAGUAUGUUAUUAUUGAAUGCCUCCAGCACGUCACUUAGAAAUGUUUAAAAAAAUAAUAAUAACUUAAACUAGAAAAAAGCUAUGCAAGAUAAGCAAAAACCAGUUAUUAGUGCGUAAAACAUUUUUUUUAUAUAUAUUUUUUUUUUUUACAGUUUCCUAAAUCUUAGAAACUGCGUUGUGAAGUGUUUCUGUCAUUUUCUGGUGCUACAUUUAUGGUACACAUGUGGUCCUUCAAGUCUAAAAUGCCUGUGCUUAAUAAACCUUGGCCAGUGUAGCCCGUGGCAGAACGGUGCUCUGGGUAAUCUUGUGUACUAAUGUACCUGUAUCUUGAAUGAGAGGCAGUGGGUCCUCAGUCAUAGUUUUGACUUGUCCUGGCAAGUACCAUUCUGGUAAACAGAGUUUUCAUACCAGAAGGAUUCUACCUUCGCUCCAUCACACACAGAUAUUAUUUAAUUGAGCUCUCUAACCAUCUAUACAGAACAAACAUCCUUGCUUUCACUGGAAUAGCCUACAAAAUAAAACUAAGCUGUAAUGAGCUUUACUAGUGGUCACAUGUAAGUCUGCAUCUUCCAAAUUGAUAAUUUAUUGCCUUUCAGGCAACCCUAAAAUUGUUUCUGCCAAUAAUCUACUUAUCAUAACCAGGUUUACUUUGACAUUUUGUAAAUAACAUGUUCUUAACAAAGAAACACACCUCAGUCUUUGAUAGCUGUUUCGUUUUUGUUCUGUAAAGAAUAAGAUGUAAUAAAGGUACAUUUUAUUAAUGUACAUAAAACUGCAACACUUGCAAUGAAAAAAACAAAAGAAUGCCACUCACAAGAUGAUUUGCUUUGUAUCUUACCUGAAAUAAAUAAGGUACAGGCAAUACAGAAUUUGUUACUAGCACAAUUUACCAAUCCAUGGCACCCUCCAGAGCCCUGGGAACACUCACUACUGCAAAGGUUAUCUCCCCUUCAGCGGCAGACUAGCAGUGUCUGCGAUGAGCCACAAUUGUUUCACUCAGCAGGGAUGAAGCAGUCUUUCCCACAUUGCUAGGUAUAGGCUAAGGCAGAAGUUCUCAAAUGCAGUCCUCAAUGUACCCCAACGGUCCAGGUUUUAAGUUUGUCAUUGCUUGGCCGCAGGUGACUUAAUUAGCGCCUCAGCUUAUUUUAUUUAACCAUCUGUGCUGAGCCAUGGAUAUACCUAAAACCUGGACCACUGGGGUGCCUUGAGGAAUGUGUUUGAGAACCUCUGUUCUAAGGUCAUCUCCUCUUGCCGAAUUGCAUCUUUAUGGGGACAGAGGAAAGCAGUGCUAAUUACAUGAGCAUUUCUCUGCUAUAACCUAUUGAGAAAAGCUGAGUGAAAGCACAGGUGAAAAGGCAUUGUUCAUCUUAGUAAAUAGAUCCCAUAACCUUUGACCUUUUUAUACCGAUGUGGGGCAUCUGUGUUCCACACACCACAAUGGUCAUUCAGAGCUACUUUAUAAUACUGAAUGGCAAAAUACAUUACAGUCGACACAGGAAGAUUAAAUGUCAUUAAUCUUCAUUUCUUGAGACCGUUAAAAUAAAACAGCUCUUGAAGUAGGUGGUUGAUCCCCUUUUUUUCUUACAAAAUGUUAGACACGUCUGAAUAUGCGUUUGUCUUAUCUAGUUCACAAACACAUUUUAUACACCUUUUAGGGCACACUAGGUGCAUAGAAUAAUUAUCUGGACAUCUUAUCGACCACAAACAGAUCAACAACAUAAAGAAAGUACCGGCAGAUUAUUAGUCACUAAUAUAACCACCAAGGUCCUUGUCAUUAGUACGCCUUGGUUCCAGGUAGCACUAAGCAAUGAAUGUAUUCAUGUCAUUAUUACAGGGCUGUACACACUCCAGGAGUCCAUGCUCCUAAAAUAGUACUGCUGUUGCCUACAUUUUUAAGAGACCCUUCUAUUGACCGCAAUAGAUCUCCAUCUUCCCAGGCUUCUUAAAACAUCUUGAGGUCUUGUAGAUCUGGCUCCUGGCAUCUGAAUUAUUUUGCCUACUUCUGUUUUAUUGCACUAAAGUCCCAAACUGAACAAAUUUCAAGUGCACCUUUUCUUCAUGAAGAGGUUUGUUUUCUCAUUACAAUAGUAUCACAGUUUUGUGUAGACAGUGCUGUCCAUACUUAUCAUGGGAUGAGCCAUGGUUAUCAUGACUCCAAUCAUAUUAAACAAAUUGGUCAUAGUAGUAUAAUAAUAGGGGUGAAGAAAAACCUGGAGCCCAGUGACAUGUUUUGGGCAGCCUACGCCUCAACACUGUGUAAUUGUGUAUCAUUAAAGUUUGUCUUUUCUUCAUAAAAUAUGUCAAACAAAAAGAUGCUCUUUUCUAAGUAAGCAAUUAUUCAGUCGUCGUCUAUUGUCCCAAGGUGGUAAUGCAUAUGAUGAAUGCUUGUACCAAGAGGAGUAACAAUGUAGAGGAAACAAAGACUUCAGGUAGAUACCUUUUUGUUUUGGUCAGCUAUGUAAAUUGACAAAGUCUAUAGACGGUUGCAAAUCAUUUCAUGAAUCAGUUAUUUUGACUGCAGGAGGCGCAUAUGUCUGUCAUUCUAUUACUAGAUUUGAGUACUAGUUAUAAUGGAUCAGAUAACUGACCUGUUCUCUACUAGAGACCUGCAGAGCUUUGUGUGUCAUCCAUUCUACAUCUCCUAUAGUGGAGAGCCAGAUAACAUACACUCGGCUUACAUUAUUUUAAAUAAACAGCUGGGAUAGGGGAUAUUUAUUUCUUUAAUUUAUUUUCUCAUAUUUUUGUAAAAUCAGCAGAAAUGCAAUAAAAAUAUAUUUCAAGAAAA